AUGUGGGGAAGUAUUCCUACAUGUUUAGGGAAUUUGACUUCCCUAAGAGAGGUUUAUCUUGAUUCUAAUAACUUCACUUCUAGCAUACCUUCAAGUCUAUGGAAUCUCAAAGACAUCUUGAAGUUGAACUUGUUGUCUAAUUUCUUCAAUGGCUCUCUACCACUAGAAUUUGGAAAUCUCAAGGCUGCAAUACUUCUAGAUCUUUCGUGGAAUCAAUUAUCUGGCAACAUACCUAAUACAUUAGGAAGUCUACUGAAGGUGACUCAACUAUCUUUGGCUCAUAACAGAAUUGAAGGAUCAAUUCCUGAGACAUUUGGAAAACUCGUAAAUUUGGAAGCAUUGGAUCUUUCAUAUAACAAUAUGUCUGGUGUGAUUCCAAAGUCAUUAGAGGAACUUAAGCAACUAGACUCCUUUAAUGUCUCAUUCAAUAGGUUACACGGGGAAAUUCCGAGUGGAGGGCCUUUUGUUCAUCUUCCCUUCCAAUCUUUCAUGUCGAAUAAAGGAUUAUGCGGUAACCCUCAAAAGCAUGUCCUCCCAUGUCGUUCUAAUUCAAAGAAAAGAAGAUUGAUAUGGAUUUUAGUUGCCUGUUUGCAGCACAAAGAUGAACUUCAAAGAGCAACUCAGGGAUUUGAUGGAAAUAACUUGAUAGGUAGUGGAAGUUUUGGUUCUGUUUACAAAGGGACAAUGGCAGAUGGGAUGAUAGUUGCUAUUAAAGUUUUUAAUGUACAGAUGGAAGGUACAUUUCAAACUUUUGAUAUAGAAUGUGAAAUCUUGCGGAAUCUUCGCCACAGAAAUCUCACCAAGAUCAUAAGCAGUUGUUGUAACUUGGAUUUUAAAGCAUUGAUACUUGAGUACAUGCCAAAUGAGAGCUUAGACAAGUUGCUAUAUUCGCGAGAUUAUUGUUUGAAUAUAAUGCAAAGAUUGAAUAUCAUGGUUGAUGUUGCUUCUGCUCUGGAAUAUCUCCAUCAUGGUUACUCAGUACCGGUUGUUCAUUGUGAUCUGAAGCCUAGCAACGUGUUACUUGACAAUGACAUGGUGGGACACCUAACUGACUUUGGCAUCGCCAAACUUUUGACUAAGGAAGAAUCUAUUGCUCACACUACAACCUUUGCCACAAUUGGUUACAUUGCUCCAGAGUAUGGUUCGGAAGGCCUUGUAUCCAAGAGGUCUGAUGUUUAUAGUUAUGGUAUCAUGUUGCUGGAAACCUUUAUAAAGAAGAAACCUAAUGAUGAAAUGUUCGUGGGAGAUUUGAAUUUGAGAAGCUACGUACAUAAUUCGCUUCCUGAUGAGCUGAAUAAUAUCAUAGAUGCCGACUUACUAACACUAGAUGAAGAAAACUUAAGUCAAAAGCUGCAAUGUGUAUCUGCAAUCAUGGAGUUAGCCAUGAAUUGCACAGCUAAUAUUGCAGCUGAAAGGAUGAACAUGACUAAUGUUGUAGCAGCAUUGAAAAAGAUCAAACAGAAGCUUUCUUCAUGUUAUCGAACGACCUUACGACAUGACAUCAGGAACCAAUAAACUUCAAAUUCUGGAUCCGCCUCUGGUUGUUCGUCGAAUGUUAUUGCUGGAUUCUAUAGUUAUUGGAAGUUAAAGGAUGGAUGCUCAUCUACUUCAUACUUCACAAACCGUUGAUAGCUUGUGUACCAUUUUCUUUUUCUAGAUGAUCCAUAUUUGUUUGAAGAAUAUAAAACUUUUUACAUAUAAGUUUUAGAUUCAUAUAUGCUGAGAAGAAAAGGAAAAAAAAGGUAAAGAAUUCAUGAUUUUUCAAAGCAAAAGUAGAAUUUCUCAUUUAGCUUCAAGGAAAAGAGCUUAUUUGCGCUCCAGUCAGUGAGGGUAUUAAGUACUCACUACUCGCGGUCUAAUUUUUUGUUGUUUCUCUGUUUGAUUGCUACUUUCUUUCAUUAGGUAAGCUUCAGUUAGUCUCACUAUUAGUUCUCAUUAAUAUGUUCUGUUGGUUCAAUGUCUGAAGCAAGUUCAGGUGGUAAAAAUUAUCGUAUUCGCAAUUUCAUUCGAUCUAGUGAUUUCUUCUCAAAUUUGCCAUUUUGUUAUGUAUUCGUUUACAACUCAACCGACUAAAUUUCUAAGGUUAAUCUGAAAGUGUUUUCUGAAGGCAGAAAUAGAGUUAGCAACUGCCUCUGGAAUUAGUGAAUGAAUUCUACUCAUGAACACCGUGCGAAAGGCUGAAUAUAAUGUUGAAGAGAAUGCAUCUUCUUGAUAAAUUCUCUGAAUUUCUUCUCUUGCUGCUUUGUUUGAAAGAAGUGAGUUGGUAUUUUGAACCAUAGUGUUACAAAGAUUUCUCUCCUUUUGCUUAUGUAUGUAUAGAUAUUUGUUUGGAUCUACGAUUUCGCGGUUGGUUUUGCGAUGCUUUGUCACUUUAUUUGUUAGAUCUGCUCUUAGCUUGCCUUUGCGAUGCUUUUAUCUUCUCCAUUUUCACCAGUGGUGGUUCUCGCCGGCGAUUCACACCAAACCAGCAUUUCGCAGACCUUUCAUUCAGAUUCCACCUUCACCAUUUUAGGAAGUUCUCUUGAUUCUUUUAUUCAAAUUUUCCUUUGCUUGGUCUCAUUACUCCUCUGUUUCACCUGUCAAAACAUGAUUGGGACAUUAGGAGGGUAAAGUAGAAGUUCAGAACGUGUUAUGGGAGUUGGGACAUUGAGUAGCUAAGGUUAAAAGUUUAGUAAAUGAUGGGUUAAUGUUGAAUUGCAAGAUGCUCUAUAUUUGAUUAUGUCCAAGUCAUACUGAGAAAGUGAAGUGCAUAAGUAGACAGAGGAGUCCAUUUCUCCUGAUGAAAUGUCAUUGCUGCGAGUCUGUGUAUUUCAAACAUAGUAAAGAUGGCCCACACGAACGGGAACCGUCCAUGCUAAAGUUGCUUCUAUCUGGGAGCGGUUUCAAUUGAAUCCCCUUUGUCGGAAAAUUUUAUACAAAAGGGCAAAAACUAGUUUUUUUUUUGUUUGUUAUAUUUAAAUUGUUGAAUCCCCUUGGCAUAAGGGAAAGUUCUUGUAAAGUGGAGGAGGGGUUAAAGAUAUGCUUUAGGUCACAGGUUCAUAUCCCAGGUGUGACAUUUUUGAAUCCCUUUGUUUAAAUUCUCACUCUCCGCCACUGACUUCUAUGGUAUUUUGUUCGUAUUGCUGUUUGUAUUGACUGGAAAUUCAUUCACCUAAUACAUUUUUUGGUAACUCCAUUUGAGGGUUCAUGUUUAUCUUUUGCACGGACACUGAGCAUUGCAUUGUUAAUGG